CCCUCGCUCCCGCAUCCACGUCCACGGGCCGGGCUCCAGUCUACUCCUCCCCCGCGCUCCGCCGUUUCGACCCCCACGAACGACAGCGCAGCGCACUCGAUCGAGCCGUCCCCGAUGGAGACCAUGUUGGCAUCCCUCGUCCCCGCAAGCGGCACGGCGGCGGCGGCGGCGGCUGCCGGAGGGCUGGUCGCGGCGGCCGCGCUCGUCGCGGGGGGCGGCCGACUGGUGGGGCAAAAGGACCGCCUCAACGCGCCCCCAGCUGUUCCUGGUUUACCUAUCAUUGGGAACCUUCAUCAGCUGAAAGAAAGAAAGCCUCAUCAGACCUUCGCAAGAUGGGCCCAAGUCUACGGGCCAAUAUACACUAUAAGAACAGGUGCUUCUUCUGUGGCUGUCCUCAAUUCAACAGAAGUUGCUAAAGAGGCUAUGGUUGCAAAGUUCUCAUCAAUAUCUACUCGGAAGCUAUCUAAUGCAUUGUCAGUGCUCACUUGUGACAAAAAGAUAGUUGCUACAAGCGACUAUGGCGACUUCCAUAAAAUGGUGAAGCGCUAUGUAAUGGUGAGCAUGCUGGGCGCUUCUAGCCAGAAACAAUUUCGGGGCAUAAGGGACAUGGUGAUUGAUAACAUGCUAAGCACUUUCCACACAUUGGUGACUGAUGAUCCCAAAGCUGCUCUGAACUUCCGGGAAGUUUUCAAGAAUGAGCUGUUCCGCCUAUCCUUAAUUCAGGCUUUAGGUGAGGAUAUGAGCUCGGUCUACGUAGAAGAGUUUGGGAAAAGUAUAUCAAAGGAGGAAAUCUACCAGACCACUGUGGUUGACCUGAUGAUGUGUGCUCUUGCGGUCGAUUGGAGGGAUUUCUUCCCAUACCUCCGUUGGAUUCCAAACAGGAACUUUGAAACAAAAGUGAGUACAACAGAAGCUAGGCGAACUGCAGUGAUACGAGCCUUGAUCAAUCAGCAGAAGAAAAGAAUCGCACGCGGAGAGGCUCGGGUAUCCUAUCUGGACUUCCUGGUAGCACAGAAUACACUGACUGAUGAGCAAGUGACAACACUGGUCUGGGAGGCAGUCAUAGAAGCUGCAGAUACUACUCUUGUCACAACCGAAUGGGCCAUGUAUGAGCUCUGCAAGAACCAAGAAAAACAGGAACGUCUUUUCGAGGAAAUUCAAGAGGUAUGCGGCGAUGAGACAGUCACUGAGGAUGACCUCCCACGGUUGCCUUACUUGAAUGCGGUGUUCCAUGAGACCCUUAGGCGUCAUCCUCCAGUUUCACUAGUGCCUCCACGAUUUGUCCAUGAGAACACCACCUUGGCUGGCUAUGACAUUCCAGCCGGCACAGAGCUGAUCAUCAACCUCUACGGAUGCAACAUGAACAAGAAUGAUUGGGACGAGCCCGAGGAAUGGAAGCCAGAGCGGUUUCUGGAUGGGAGGUUUGAGCAGGCGGACAUGUUUAAGACCAUGGCCUUCGGCGCCGGGAGGAGGGCCUGCGCUGGCGCCACGCAGGCGACGAACAUCGCGUGCACGGCCAUCGCGAGGUUCGUGCAGGACUUCGCCUGGAGGCUCAAGGAAGGCGACGAGGACAAGGACGACACCAUCCAGCUUACGACCAACAGGCUUUACCCGUUGCACGUGUACCUCACACCGAGAGGAAGGAAAUAAGCGGCUGUCACUCCUGGGCAGGUUGCUUGACGGUUCUGGUAAUUUUGCUGUUGCGUGUGUGUGGUGAAAUAAAGUUCUGGGAUGAAAAUCUAUAGGGUUUUCGUCCGUGGAAAAAAUGUCCACCAAUGACAGUAUCAUAUAGAGCCUGGACAUAAACUUGCAGCAUAUAUAGUGAAUAGGUUAAUAUAUAGCAUACAGGUUCACGUUAUUGUUACCCUGAUGUUUACUUGCUUGGUUCCAUGAAUGAUAAUAUGAUAUAUGCCGCUACA